CUCUUUGUACUUGGGAAAAAAUAAAAAAGAGCGCAGGGAGUGCAGCAAGCAAGAAUUAAGAUAAAUGCAUGUUAGUUAGAGUGACUAUUAGAGCCAAGAAUUAGGACACGAUUGCUAUGGAGAAAACGUGAGGGAUUGUUUGAAAGCUGUGGGGCAGUUGACAAAAAGUCACCAAGCCUUGUGAGUGAGACUGGUGCAGUGGGAGCUGAAGAGAAAACAGACAGAGAGUGGGAGUGGGAGGUGUAUGCUGUAAUGAAAACCUCCCACCUUCGCUGAAGGUGCGCUGUUGAUGGCGCCUCUGAGGAAAACAAGAACCAGAGGGAGUGCUGGAAGGGCAACAUCCGAAUCUGGUGCAGGUUUUAGGGACAGUGGGAGGUGAUCAAGCGGACAGGGAUCCACCGUUUGAAGAUUCUGAGUAAGGAAGAAGAAGAAGAAGAAGAAAAAGAAGUGAGUGCGAAAAGUGCUGAUGGCACAUAUGUAACUGUGCACCCUGGGAGGACCACAGCGUGACUCCCCCAACCCCAUCUUGUUUCCUCUUUCCUCUCUGACCCUCUCCGCUCCACCCUCCUCCUCCUCCCUCACCAACGCUCUCCACAGUCAGAGCAGCGAGAGUGCUGCAUCUCUUCCUCUCUCUCACUCUCUCUUCCUUCCAUCGCUCCCUCCAACUCCUCUGAUUGUCAUUCUGCAGCUGGAAGCGGCAUUAGAAGCAUCAGACUGGAGAAGAGAAAGUCCAUCGAGGGAAUAACUUGGAGAUUGCUCAGUAAGCAACCAAGAAAUGCAGUCUUCAAGGCUUUUGAUUGCUGACCGUUCCAUUUCUUUUCCUCCUACAAAGAAAGACUUGAUAUGAGAGCAUUAGAAAAGAGCAAAAGCUUUGUAUUGCUUCACAGAGAAAUGUGAUGCGCAUGGAGACGCAGCAACCGGAAACUCCAUCAGUCUCCUGCAAAACUUAAGCCUGAACACCCGCACUUCCUCCAAAAGAAGCCGGGGAUUCAAGAGAGUCUGAUCUUACCCAUCUGUACAUUUUCCUACUGACCCCCCUCUUCUCCUUGCUGGAAGCUCAGUCAUGCAGGUGUCCAUCGCCUGCACAGACCACAACCUGAAGAGGGGCAAUGGGGACCACAGCAAGCAGAGCGCCACCAGCCCCAGUGUGGUCAACCAAGCCAGGGCCAAGUUCCGCACGGUGGCCAUCAUCGCUCGCAGCUUUGGCUCCUUCACUCCACGCCACAUCUCACUCAAGGAGUCCACGGGGAAACACACGGGCAUGAAGUACAGGAACCUGGGAAAGUCAGGUCUAAGGGUUUCUUGCCUCGGACUUGGUACAUGGGUGACGUUUGGAGGUCAGAUAACAGAUGAGGUUGCAGAGCAGCUGAUGACCAUUGCCUACGAGAGCGGGGUCAACCUGUUCGACACAGCCGAAGUCUACGCAGGCGGCAGGGCUGAAGUGAUUCUUGGAACCAUUAUCAAGAAGAAGUGCUGGAGGAGAUCCAGCUUGGUCAUCACAACCAAACUUUAUUGGGGAGGAAAAGCAGAGACAGAGCGAGGCCUGUCUAGAAAGCACAUUAUCGAAGGUCUGAAAGGGUCUCUACAAAGGAUGCAAUUGGAGUAUGUUGAUGUUGUUUUUGCCAACCGCCCUGACAGCAACACUCCUAUGGAAGAGAUUGUCCGGGCCAUGACCUAUGUGAUCAACCAAGGAAUGGCAAUGUACUGGGGAACGUCUCGGUGGACGGCCAUGGAGAUCAUGGAGGCGUACUCGGUGGCAAGACAGUUUAAUCUGAUCCCUCCGGUGUGUGAGCAGGCGGAGUACCAUCUCUUCCAGAGGGAGAAAGUGGAAGUGCAACUGCCUGAACUCUAUCACAAGAUAGGAGUUGGAGCGAUGACUUGGUCACCGCUGGCGUGCGGCAUCAUUACAGGGAAAUAUGAGAACGGCAUUCCUGAAUCUUCCAGGGCUUCCAUGAAGUCAUAUCAGUGGCUGAAAGAGAAAAUAGUGAGCGAAGAUGGACGGAAGCAGCAAGCCAAGCUGAAAGAGCUCAACCACAUUGCAGAGAAGCUGGGAUGCACGCUACCUCAACUGGCUGUGGCAUGGUGUUUAAGGAAUGAAGGCGUGAGUUCAGUCCUGUUGGGAACAUCCAACCCCGAGCAGCUCACAGAGAACCUCGGGGCCAUACAGGUCCUUCCUAAGAUGACCUCUCACGUUGUGUCUGAAAUCGACCACAUUCUGGGCAACAGGCCGUACAAUAAGAAGGACUACCGCUCCUAGAUCUUGCUUGUAGGACCAGCAAGAGGUCAAGUUCUCCUACAGACUUGCCAUACCGCUAUCAUGGACCUACUGUGGCCUGCCUCAGACUGGAACAGACCCCGCGUUGCAUGACAUGGUCUGUCUGAGCCGUCCUGCCGGGUUCCGCGAGGCUCAUUCGGGUGCGAACCUGUUCAGUCUCUCUUUGAUGCUUCUAGUUUACCUUAGUCCACGUGGCCUGUUUAGCACCAGUCCUGACACGUGGCGCAGCCUGUUAAGUACAAUAUGUCUAAAGCAGGGGUGGGCAAACAUUUGUGCUCCAGAGCAACAUUAAAAGUUUAAGACUCUCCACACUUCGCUUUGUAGCCACAGGUACAAAAUUAUCGUAUUAUAGUAAAACUAUAUAUGUAUAUCUACUACUGUAUAUACUGAAUUGGUAUUGCGGCGCCCGUCUGGAUCUUGCGUCGUACCUGGAAAUGGAAUUUUGUAGUGAAAGCUCUUGUGAUAUUUUUUGACAGGUGAUAUUAAUUUUUUUUGGCCGUUACAUCUGCGACAUUGCAACUGCCUUCAUCUGAUGGUCGACCACUUAUGAACACUAGCUGCAGAACCAUGCAAACUGCGCGACAGCUCAGUCGCGUUUGUCAGCGUCGCUCAGUGUGUGGUGGGCAAAUGGGCCAGAGGAGGAAAAAUGUGAAUGUAAAAUUAUCUAAAGCAAAACAGUUUAUUUUAAUAAUAAAAUAAUAAUUCAUGCUCAUUGCAAAAUUCUAUUAUUAAUAAUUAAUUAGUGGUAGUGUAGUGACACAGAUGGCGAUUCCCAGUCAGUGCCCCAAUACCCAGCCACUGCUAGUCCCAAGUCUACUUAAAAAUUGCAGGGGUUGUGUCAGGAAGAUCAUCCAGUGUAAAACCUGUGCUAAACAAAUCAUGUGAGUGACUCACUGCGGCGAACCCUGAUGGGAAAAGUUGCAACAUAAUUAAAUCAAUUGUCAUCGAUGAACUAAUUUUUGAAUUUAAAAAAAUGCACAUCCAUCCAUCGUCAACACCGCUUAUCCUGGUUAGGGUCGCAGGGCGCUGGAGCCUAUCCCAGCUGACUUCGGGCGAAAGGCAGACUACACCCUGAACUGGUCACCAGUCAGUCACAGGGCACAUAUAGACACGGACAACCAUUCACACUCACAUUCACACUGUCACUGAGUGGGAACUGAACCCACGCUGCCCGCACCAAAGUCAGGCGAGUGCACCACUACACCAUCAAUGACAAAAAAAUGCACAUGUAAAAUAUAUAUAUAUAUAUAUAUAUUUUUUUUUACUUUUACCAAAUUUGUUUAUUUAAUUUACAAUUAAAUGCAUUGAAAGGACUUUAAAUAAUGAAUUAAGACAUUUUAAUUAACCAAUUUAUUUCCGGGGGGGGGACAGCUAUAUUAAUGGAACAAAUAUUACUAGACUCUUGAUCAUGUAAAUGCUCAGUGGGUUGGACUAAAGAACAGUGAGUUGUAUGUGUCCCACGAGCCAUACUUUGCCCACCCCUGCUCUAGAGCGACCUCAACAUGACGAGCGGCACAUCAGGAGCGUUUCAAGAAAAAGUGCCUUGCUUGAGAGCAACUUGCAGGUCCAGUAGGGGAGCAAGUUAAGCCUCUUCCACGCAGAGACGCCACGAAAGAGCAGCAUUAGAGCCAGAACAGAGGAGCCUGCAUUUCUACACCUUUGCCUUUCACAGAACAGAACUCUGCAAAGCAAAAUAUUGACAUUAUUGUGUGUGCAUUCACAGCAAUUAGGCAUCCAAUCAGGCAAACUUACAGUGGAUAGAAAAUGUCUCCAUACCCGUUCAAGACAAGUUAUUUGUGAUCAUCUUUUGGGGCUGUUUUUCUUCAGCUGGAACUGCAUGGGGCCUUCGUCAAGGUGGAGGGAAUUCUGAAAAGUUCUAAAUACCAGCCAGCGUUAGCACAAAGCCUUCAGGCUUCUGCGAAAAAGUAAAACAAAUAUUUGGGGUUAAUCAGGGGCACUUUACAUGUUGGCAGGUGUGUGCUGACUCCCAUUCAAGUUUGAAUGUGAUUUGUUAUUUCUGAACACAGCCACACCUCAUUAUCUAAGUUGUUUAUUUUUAUUUACCCUCUCAUAAAUAUUUCCUCUUUUUUUUUUUUUUUUUAAUUGAGUUGUAGUCAUAGGUCACAUUAAUGGUAGAAAAAGUUUUGUAAUGAUUUGUCUUCGCCUCAUUUUUAAUAACACAAAAAAUAGCAUUGGAUAAUGGGUGUGUAGUCUUAUUUAUCCAUUGUAUGUGCCUAAAAAGAAACCUUUUUGAACACCAAAAAUUACUUUCAAUACAACACAGGCGAGGCGAGCUCCGAAGGUGGAAUAUUUAUGCCUUUGUGCAUGUAGAGAAGUGACAAGGUCUUUUACAGUCAGUGUGAAAGGGGCUUUCAUUUCAGUGUUACACUUCCCACUUGUUUGCUCCCAAAUGACUCAAACCCACUUAGCUCAUUUCACAUUGGUACAUUUUAGCAAAAGUCAGCAUUGUUUUGGAUGCAACACAUCCAUCAGGAAAAUGGUUGUAAUAGCCUAUGGAACAAUGGAGAUAAAAAAAAUAAAUAAAUAAAAAAAAAUAUAUAUAUAUACAUAUAUAUAUAUAUAUAUAUAUAUAUAUAUAUAUGAUACUUUUACUCCAAAAUACCUAAUUGUGUACUACCUAUUAAGUAGAUUGACAACAACUCUGCUAUGUAAGCCUAAUAUUAACAUAAUAGAUACAAAUUAAUGCAUGCAUGGGUUCUCUGUUGCUUGGGUUCAACAAAGCACACAAUUAAACCGUAUAUUAUCCCCGCCCCUUAAAAAACGGGGUUGGGGGGGCUCGCUCCAGUUCCCCUUGGCCAGAUGGAAAGAUGUCGCUCCCUUGUGGUCAAUCGAGGAAUUGAAGGACAAGAGGGAAAAUAGUGCUGCUCUUUCCUUCCAGGUGCAUUUAUUUUCAUAUAUUUCCCCAUUUUGUUUUCUGCCGAUCAGCGAAUACUGCAUUGCAAAUGGAUGGAACAAACACAGCUAUUCACGUAAUAAUUCUUACUGAUUUCAUGUAAAAUGGCUUACAGGCACAAGUAUUUUGACAUGUUCUAAAAAUAUUCCUUCUGAGGGACUGUAGCGGCAUUUGGAGCCGUAGUUUAAUGGGAUGUACAGUAUUAUAGAAUGCUAGGGUAUGCCUUGUAACAUAACAAAUAUCCGGAAGGCUCGUGCAUUUCAGAACUGUAUAUGGAUUGGUUGAUUUAUGAGUAUGAUGUAAAUAGUUAUUUUUCAAGUUGCAUUGUUGAGUCACUCAUUCUGAAGGACAAGUACAUUUCAUCUUCAACAAUAAACAGCUCAAACCAAGUAUUUGAUUUGCCAGAUUUUGAGGAGAAAUGAUUCACCGACAUGUUCCAACUGACUAAAUGGUCAACUCUGCUCUGGUGGUUGCUCUCGUGGGGAAUAAAGCAUAACAUAAGUCAAA